CGCCCGUCAGUCUCCGCCCGGGGCCGCGCCGGCGGGCCUCCCGGUUCCCUUGCUCACUGCACCGCCUUACUGGCUGCCUCGCCGGCUGCUGGCAGCCCGGGCCAGUCCGAGCCCGAGCUAGCGCCGACUCCGCAAAGCUCGGGGAAGGGGAGGGCCCGACUCGGCCGCCGCUGAGCAUCGCCUGGGUGGGCGGCAGGGCCGCGGCCUCCGCCGGCAGCACCACCUGUCGCGGGUUGAGACUUCGGGUUCCAGGAAAGAUGUUGUCCCGGAUCAGAGUGGUCACCGCCCCUUGCACUCUGGCGUGUCGUCAUUUACAUAUAAAAGAGAAAGGCAAACCACUCAUGUUGAACCCGAGAACAAACAAGGGAAUGGCGUUUACAUUACGAGAACGACAAAUGCUUGGUCUCCAAGGACUUCUACCUCCCAAAAUAGAGACGCAAGAUAUACAAGCCUUACGAUUUCAUAAAAACGUGAAAAAACUGAAUAGUCCUUUGGAAAAAUACAUCUAUAUAAUGGGAAUACAGGAAAGAAAUGAAAAGUUAUUUUAUAGAAUUCUGCAAGACGACAUGGAAAGUCUGCUGCCAAUUGUGUACACUCCAACAGUGGGCCUUGCCUGCUCUCAGUACGGACAUAUCUUUAGAAGACCCAAGGGAUUAUUUAUUUCAAUCUCAGACAGAGGUCAUGUUAGAUCAAUUGUGGAUAACUGGCCAGAAAAUCAUGUUAAGGCCGUCGUAGUGACUGAUGGAGAGAGAAUUCUGGGUCUUGGAGAUCUGGGUGUCUAUGGAAUGGGGAUCCCAGUAGGAAAGCUCUGUUUGUAUACAGCUUGUGCCGGAAUACGACCUGACAGGUGCCUGCCCGUGUGUAUUGAUGUAGGAACUGAUAAUCCAGCACUCUUAAAAGAUCCAUUUUACAUGGGCUUAUAUCAGAAAAGAGAUCGAUCACAACGUUAUGAUGACCUGAUUGACGAGUUUAUGAAAGCCAUUACUGACAGAUAUGGACAGAACACACUUAUUCAGUUUGAAGACUUUGGAAAUCAUAAUGCAUUCAGAUUCUUGAGAAGAUACCGAGAAAAGUACUGCACCUUCAACGAUGAUAUUCAAGGGACGGCCGCGGUAGCCCUGGCCGGUCUGCUCGCCGCCCAGAAAGUGAUCGGGAAGUCAUUCUCAGAACACAAAAUCUUAUUUCUCGGAGCAGGAGAGGCUGCUCUUGGAAUUGCAAACCUCAUAGUUAUGGCUAUGGUGGAAAAUGGGCUCUCCGAAGAGGAGGCACGAAAGAAAAUUUGGAUGGUUGACAAGUUUGGUUUAUUAUUUAAGGAACGGAAAGCUAAAAUCGAGAGCCAUCAGGAGCCAUUUGCUCACUCAGCCCCAGAGUGUAUCCCUGAUGCAUUUGAAGACGCAGUGAAUGUGCUCAAGCCGUCAGCUAUAAUUGGAGUUGCAGGAGCUGGCCGCCUUUUCACUCCCAAUGUAAUCAGAGCCAUGGCUGACAUCAACGAGAGGCCUGUAAUAUUUGCACUGAGCAAUCCUACCGCAAAGGCCGAAUGCACAGCGGAAGAAGCAUACACGCUUACGGAGGGAAGGUGUUUGUUUGCCAGUGGCAGUCCAUUUGAGCCAGUGAAACUCAGUAAUGGGAAAGUAUUUACACCAGGCCAAGGAAACAAUGUAUAUAUUUUUCCAGGUGUGGCUUUAGCUGUUAUUCUCUGUAACACCCGGCAUAUUAGUGACCAUGUUUUCCUAGAAGCUGCAAAGGCACUGGCAAAUCAACUGACAGAUAAAGAGCUAGCUCAAGGGCGACUUUACCCACCACUUGCUGAUAUUCAGGAAGUUUCUAUUAACAUUGCUACUAAGACAGAAGGACGGGAUAGUCCUGUGGUAAUUGCUGAAGGGAAUUCCCAGUUUCAGAGGAAAGCCUUGUGUGGAGUGUUACUAUACCAGACUGACUUAAUACAGAUGGUUUCAGGAAUCUGUAAACCCUCCAUAAUGAUGUGA